AUGGAAGGUACACUGCAACUUGAUUCUACAGUAACCCCGGCUUUCUGCUCAAUCCCGUCAUGCCAUUCUCUUCUUCCACCCGACUCGACAGCAUUUCACUUGCCUUCUACAGGAAUGUUGGUGUGCUGUGUUUGCUACAAGCUAUACUUGAAAAAUGAGUACGAGAGAGUGGUUGCUGCAGAAAGAGGAGCAGUGAAUAAAAAAUCGGAGUGUAGUUUACCGUUGCCAGAAGCUUGUAAGAGCUCUGUGGGAAAUAAUUCAGCAGCAGUAUUCGACUUAGAAGAAGAUUCAAUGGAAGUUGAAUCACCUGUGGAACAGUGGAGCAUGUCAACUGCGGAGACUCAGAUUUGUCCUAUUCCAAACCUGUCAAAUACCAGAUUGCAAUGUUCUGAAGAAUACGAUUCAAUUCCUCCAUAUCAAUAUCAAGAAUCAAACGUUUUGUGCAAUAAUGAUGUCUAUCAAAUUCCAUCAUACCAGUCGGAGAUAAACUUCAACAGCAGCAACGUGGAUUUUUCUGAAAAUUCAGCAGAAAUCCUCACGUAUACUACACUGGAGUCAGCGUCUAGCAGCACUUGUCCGUUAGAAAUACCAAUCACAGAAAAUCCUGGUAUAAAUUGCCAAGAAGAGAGUAUCGCUCACCCAGCAGGGGAACAACAAAAGGAAGCGCAGAGCGAUAAGAACUCAGAAACUCAAGAACCACAAAAGGAGAAUAUCCAGAAAGGUGAAAAAUGCGCUAACAACGUCUGUAAGCAAACCCUAAUUAUGGAAAAAAUUUAUGUUCAUCCUGUAACUAAAGAGAAAAUUUGCAAAAUAUGUUAUAAUUACUACAAAAGAAAUGGAAGAGACCGAGAAGUGAUCAUAACUUGUAGAAGAGAAAAACUUGAAACACAUUGUUCUAAUACAUUCUGCAAGCAAGCACUUGUUCCGCGAAACAUAAGGUAUCAUUCUAUCACAAAGGAGAAGAUUUGCAGUGCCUGCUUUGAUUAUUAUAAAAGGAAUGGAAGAGACCGAGAAGUGAUUAGAACUUAUAAAAAAAGAGAAAAACACGAAACAAAUAGUUGCUAUCAUUACUUUAAAAGAACUGGACGUGAUCGAGAAGUGGUCGCAGGAAAAGUGAAGAAAUUCAAGCGUGAUGAAUAUAAAAAUGAAUCAGAUACGACGCCCAUAUCUUCUGACGAUUCUUCAAUAGAAGAGUCUUCAGAAUCAGAUUACGAGUCUGUUUCAUCUGAAAUGGAUUGCAAAUAA